GGGGGUGGGGUUGUUGUGAAGCAGCGGGAACACGUGAAGAGGGCAACGUCACCAUAAACACUAGUAGCCAACAUGGCGGGUCCUGUGAGCGGAAAGGUUGUGUAUGAGCAAGAAGGGGUUUUCAUUCACUCUUCCAGUGGAAACGAUGAUCAGGACUGCUUACUGUCUGGAAUACUGCGGGUCAUAGAAAAGGAAACUGAAGUGAUAGUAGAUUGGAGACCUAUGGAUGAUUCAUUAGACUCUUCUAAUAUACUGUAUGCUAGAAAGGAUUCCAGUUCAGUUGUAGAGUGGGCGCAGACUCCUAAAGAGAGGAAUCCACGGGGGCCAGAACAUAUGAACAGUUAUGAGGCAGAAUGGGAUAUGGUCAACACAGUCUCUUUUAAGAAGAAGCCUCAUUCAAAUGGAGAUGCUACUGUUCAUACAAAUGGAGAAAGCAAGUGGUCCUUUCUGUUCAGCUUAACAGAUUUAAAGAACAUUAAGCAAAACAAAGAAGGAAUGGGAUGGUCCUAUUUGGUGUUCUGUUUAAAGGAUGAUGUUGUUCUUCCAGCUCUUCACUUUCACCACGGAGACAGCAGUUUAUUGAUUCAGUCUCUUGAAAAAUAUGUGGUGCUCUGCGAAUCUCCAAAUGACAGAAGAAUUCUUGUGAAUUGUCACAGUAUUUCACAGUCAUUUGACAGUCUCCUUGAUGAACCAACAUAUGGUCUAAUACAGAAACUGAAGAAAGAUCCUUACACAGCAACAAUGGGAGGAUUUUCCAAAGUGACCAACUUCAUUUUUGAUAGUUUACGUGGGAGCGAUUCAUCAGCUCAGCAGCGGCCACCGUCAGAAAUGGCAGACUUCAUUAGUGAUGCCAUUCCAGGACUAAAAAUAAAUCAACAGGAAGAACCGGGAUUUGAAGUCAUUACACGAAUUGAUUUGGGGAAACGGCCUGAAGUUCACAGAAGGCAGCCAGUAUCCAUUGAAGAAUGGACAAAGAACAUGGAUUUUGAAGGAAGAAUCUUAAAUACUGACUCUAUGAAGCAAAUGAUAUUCAAAGGGGGACUUUGUCAUGCUUUACGAAAGGAAGUGUGGAAAUUUCUCUUGGGUUAUUUUUCUUGGAAUAGUACUAGGGAAGAGAGAGCCAGUGUGCAAAAAAGAAAAACAGAUGAAUAUUUUAGGAUGAAGCUCCAGUGGAAAUCCGUCAGUGAAGAACAAGAAAAAAGAAACUACAGAUUGAGAGACUACAGAAGUCUUAUAGAAAAAGAUGUAAACAGGACAGACAGAACAAACAAGUUUUAUGAAGGCCAAGAUAAUCCUGGAUUGAUUUUGCUUCAUGACAUUUUGAUGACCUAUUGUAUGUAUGACUUUGACUUAGGCUAUGUUCAAGGAAUGAGUGAUUUGCUUUCUCCUAUUUUAUAUGUGAUGGAGAAUGAAGUGGAUGCUUUUUGGUGCUUUGCACUGUACAUGGAUCAAAUGCAUCAGAAUUUUGAGGAGCAAAUGCAGGGUAUGAAGACACAGCUAAUUCAGCUCAGCACUUUGCUUCGCUUGCUAGAUAGUGAAUUUUGCAGUUACUUAGAAUCUCAAGAUUCAGGAUACCUUUAUUUUUGCUUCCGGUGGCUUCUAAUAAGAUUUAAAAGGGAAUUUAAUUUUCAAGAUAUUCUUCGUUUAUGGGAGGUAAUGUGGACAGAGUUGCCUUGCCAGAACUUCCAUCUUCUUAUCUGUUGUGCUAUCCUGGAAUCUGAAAAGCAGCAAAUAAUGGAGAAACAUUAUGGCUUUAAUGAAAUACUGAAGCAUAUCAAUGAGCUGUCUAUGAAAAUCAAUGUGGAAGAAGUACUUUGCAAAGCAGAUGCCAUUUCUAUACAGAUGAUGAAUUGCAAGGAAUUGCCUCAAGGAGUCUGCGAGGUCUUGGGAUUAGAGAACAGUGCCGUGACGACGCCAGACUCGGACACCGGGGAAGAGGAGACUGCAGGAGGCGUCAAUGGCGCUGCACUGUCACAUCCAGGGCUCUCCGUGCCUCCGGCUGUGAGCAAUGGAACAAAGGAGAGCACUGAGCAGGAGGCCCACCCCCCUGCCACCGAUUGA